CGCCACAAGUUGAUCGGCAUUUCACAAGUAUCACGGUCGUUGGAGCAACAGCCACUGUACAACGUAUACCACCUACUGCAGCGGACUUCGCUUCCAGUCGGGAUAUCAUCGUAUGUUCACAGGAAACAUGAUGGUGGGAGCUUCGGCGGCAUGUGGCUUGUUGGUCGUGAUACUUGUGUGCACUAUCCCAGCAUCAUUAUCUGCGCCUUAUCCAUUGUUACAAGGGCAAAAUAACGCGUAUUUGUCAUCAGAAAAUGACGGAGAUCCUGAAGUCAUGUUGGAAUUAUUGGCCCGAAUAGGCCAAAAUAUCAUGAGAGCAAAUGAAUUGGAAAAUUCUAAGCGUGGGCUUGAUUUGGGCUUAAGCCGAGGCUAUUCAGGCACACAAGCUGCAAAACAUUUAAUGGGCAUGGCAGCAGCUAAUUUUGCUGGUGGUCCAGGACGCCGACGUCGCAGUGAUAUGCUUCCUAAGCUUCUUACACCUUAAAUUUUUAGUUUGUUAUAAAUUAUAUUUACAAACUAUUACAUUCAAAUAUAUACUAAAUAUUAUAUAA